CUGCUCACCCUGGGGUCCAGGGGUGGGAAGUACAGUCCCGAAAUCUUUAGUUCUGGGGUGCUGGGGGAAGCAAUGGUUGAACUUUUGGGAUGUCUUGCUUCACAAGAAACCUGAUAAGGAAAGCAGGUAGGGGCUGAGGAUGUGCAGUCAAGCUGCAAACAAACCCCAUCUCUGGGGCUGUCCACAGGUUGCAUACUGAUCCACAGAGGAUCUGGCAAGGAUGAAGAAGUGGGCUAACGUAGACUCAGGUGAGUCUGAGGACCCACCCCACGAAGAUUCCUGCCCAGACCCCCCUGAUGGAGACCCUAACUCCAAGCAAUCUCCAGCCAAGCCUCACAUUUUCUCCACGACCAAGAGCCGCACUCGGCUCUUUGGGAAGGGUGAUUCGGAGGAAGCAUCUCCUAUGGAUUGCUCUUAUGAGGAAGGUGAGCUGGCCUCCUGCCCAACCAUCACAGUCAGCUCAGUUGUCAUCAUCCAGAGGCCUGGGGAUGCUCUCACCUGUGCCAGGCAGCUGUCCCAGGACUCUGUCUCUGCUGGUGCUGAGAAGCCCCUCAAGCUCUAUGAUCGCAGGAGUAUAUUUGAUGCUGUUGCUCAGAAUAACUGCCAGGAGCUGGAGAGCCUGCUGCCCUUCCUCCAGAAGAGCAGGAAGCGCCUCACGGACAGCGAGUUCAAAGACCCCGAGACAGGAAAGACUUGUUUGCUGAAAGCCAUGCUCAACUUGCACAAUGGGCAGAAUGACACCAUCUCUUUGCUCCUGGACAUUGCCCGGCAGACAGACAGCCUGAAGGAGUUUGUUAAUGCCAGCUACACAGACAGCUACUACAAGGGCCAGACAGCACUGCACAUUGCCAUUGAGAGGCGGAACAUGGCACUGGUGACCCUCCUGGUGGAGAAUGGAGCAGAUGUCCAGGCUGCUGCAAAUGGGGACUUCUUCAAGAAAACCAAGGGGCGACCUGGCUUUUACUUUGGUGAGCUGCCCCUCUCCCUGGCUGCGUGCACCAACCAGUUGGCCAUUGUGAAGUUCCUGCUGCAGAAUUCCUGGCAGCCGGCCGACAUCAGCGCCAGGGACUCAGUUGGCAACACGGUGCUACACGCCCUGGUGGAGGUAGCAGACAAUACGGCCGACAACACCAAGUUUGUGACGAGCAUGUACAACGAGAUCCUGAUCCUGGGAGCCAAGCUCCACCCUACAUUGAAGUUGGAGGAACUCAUCAACAAGAAGGGGCUCACACCGUUGGCUCUGGCCGCCAGCAGUGGGAAGAUUGGGGUCUUGGCCUAUAUUCUCCAGAGGGAGAUCCAGGAGCCUGAGUGCAGACACCUGUCCAGGAAGUUCACCGAGUGGGCCUAUGGGCCCGUGCACUCCUCACUCUAUGACCUGUCCUGCAUCGAUACCUGUGAGAAGAAUUCAGUGCUGGAAGUGAUCGCCUACAGCAGCAGCGAGACCCCUAAUCGCCAUGACAUGCUCCUGGUAGAGCCUCUGAACCGACUCCUGCAGGACAAGUGGGACAGAUUCGUCAAGCGCAUUUUCUACUUCAACUUCUUUGUCUACUGCUUGUAUAUGAUCGUCUUCACCACAGCUGCCUACUAUAGGCCUGUGGAUGGCUUGCCUCCCUACAAGCUGAAAAACACAGUUGGAGACUAUUUCCGAGUCACUGGAGAGAUUCUGUCUGUAUCUGGGGGAGUCUACUUUUUUCUCCGAGGGAUUCAAUAUUUCCUGCAGAGGCGGCCAUCUAUGAAGACCUUAUUUGUGGAUAGCUACAGUGAGAUGCUUUUCUUUGUGCAGUCCCUGUUCAUGCUGGGAUCUGUGGUGCUGUACUUCAGCCACCGCAAGGAGUAUGUGGCUUCCAUGGUGUUCUCCCUGGCAAUGGGUUGGACCAACAUGCUCUACUACACCCGUGGCUUCCAGCAGAUGGGCAUCUAUGCUGUCAUGAUCGAGAAGAUGAUCCUCAGAGACCUGUGUCGGUUCAUGUUUGUCUACCUCGUUUUCUUGUUCGGGUUUUCCACAGCGGUAGUAACACUGAUCGAGGAUGGGAAGAAUUACUCUGAGCCGGCUGAGUACACAUCACAUAGGUGGCGGGCUCCUGGCUGCAGGCCACCCGACAGCUACAACAGCCUAUACUCCACGUGCCUGGAGCUGUUCAAGUUCACCAUCGGCAUGGGUGACCUGGAGUUCACGGAGAACUACGACUUCAAGGCUGUCUUCAUCAUCCUGCUGUUGGCCUAUGUGAUUCUCACCUACAUCCUCCUACUCAACAUGCUCAUCGCCCUCAUGGGGGAGACCGUGAACAAGAUUGCACAGGAGAGCAAGAACAUCUGGAAACUGCAGAGAGCCAUCACCAUCCUGGACACGGAGAAGAGCUUCCUAAAGUGCAUGAGGAAGGCUUUCCGCUCAGGCAAGCUGCUGCAGGUGGGGUACACACCUGACGGCAAGGAUGACUACAGAUGGUGCUUCAGGGUGGACGAGGUAAACUGGACCACCUGGAACACCAAUGUGGGCAUCAUCAAUGAGGACCCUGGCAACUGUGAGGGUGUAAAGCGCACCCUGAGCUUCUCCCUGAGGUCAGGCAGAGUUUCAGGGAGAAACUGGAGGAACUUUGCCCUGGUUCCCCUUUUAAGGGAUGCAAGCACUCGAGAUAGGCACCAUGCGCAGCCGGAGGAAGUUCAUCUGAAGCACUUUGCAGGAUCCCUUAAGCCAGAGGAUGCUGAGGUCUUCAAGGAUUCCAUGGCUCCAGGGGAGAAGUGAGGGACCCCCACCUGGGGUGCUCUCCAUGCUGGGCCUUUUUAUGCCCCACUGCCAUGGAGGGGCUGUUCAGGGAACACCAGUGCCCUGUCAGCAGUGUGACCCUCUCAGGGCCUGCUCAGGCACAUUCCUAGGACUGCACUGGACCUGCUGUGGGAAGUGUGGUUGGGUGUGUGGGGAGAGACAUGCAUCCACCCACCGCUGUCCCAGAUGAAUCUUCAAACAGGAAGCCAUCUGCCUUUCAACUUCUCACUGAUUUCAUUAAACAGUGUGAAGGGUAAGUCUGUACUUGGACAUAGCUUAGACCCUUGCUGCCUUUGAUCUUCAUGUUACUGGGAAUAAAUGGAGUCCAUAAAAACACCUUUGAUGAGAACAGAACAUUUCCUUCGAUGUUGAAAGCUGAAGCUCUUACUCUCUGUAUUGUGUUAAUAUCUCACCCGCCCAGAGCAGUCUCAUUGGGGGAUAUUGUUUGAUCCCCAGAGAAGGUGGGGAAUGCUUCUCCCAUUCCUAACUCCAGCAGAAUGUCCCAAGAGUGUCUUUAUUUUUUAGGGUGAAAUAUCAAAGUUCCCCAAAUAUUAGCUCUAUUGUUGUUCAGAUAAAAGCCCAGAACCAUGUUCCAAGGGACACAUGGAGGGAAGUUUCCAAUGAUCACAGUCCUGCACCCCUGCAAUGCUAAAUGCUUCCACCCCAUCCAUUUUGUC